AUGACUGUAAUUAGUAAAUUUGGGAAACAAUUGAAUUAUUCCUUUAGUUAAACCAGCCUCCCUUUUUAUACAGUGUUUGCAAGCAGGGUUUGGUCAACCUACGGGACUGUAUUCUAUUUGCAUUUGGGAUGAAGGUUCGAACGAAAGGGACGGCAAUGUUGCCCCUUCGAGUUAUGAACUUUCGGAUGUAAUAAAAUGCGGAAGCUUAGAAGACAGGCAUGUACUAUGUACUAAUAAAGAGGAGAGAAAAAAAAGGAUAUAAAAUAUUUUAGUAACAGUACCAAUUUGUUUGAUCACUUAUCGAUAA